AUGGCGUCUGCUGAUGUGAGACAGGAGCUGAACUGUUCCAUCUGUCUGAGCAUUUUUACAGAUCCUGUAAUCCUGAGAUGUGGCCACAACUUCUGCCGGGUCUGUAUUGAUCGAGUGCUGGAUACACAGGAAGGGUCUGGAGUUUAUACCUGUCCUGACUGCAGAGCAGAGUGUCAGGAGCGUCCUGCACUGAUACGGAACAUUCCUCUGUGUAACAUAGUGGGGAGUUUCUGGUCUACUCGGCCAGAUCAAGAGGAGACUGGGAUCUUCUGCACUUACUGUAUUCACUCAACUGUACCCGCUGCUACAUCCUGUCUGCAUUGUGAGGCUUCUCUGUGUGAUAAUCACCUGAGAGUACACAGCAAGUCACCAGAGCACGUCUUAUCUGAUCCCACUACUUCACUGGGGAACAGGAAAUGCUCUGCACAUAAGAAGGUCCUGGAGUAUUACUGCACUGAAGACGAUGUCUGUAUCUGUGUAUCUUGCAGUUUGGCCGGAGAACACCAGGGACACCUGGUGGAUAUGCUGGAUGAGGCCUCUGAGAAGAAGAAGGAGAAGCUGAGAGAUGUUCUUCAGAAACUGACCACAAAGAGAGCGGAAACUGAGAAAAGUGUCCAGAGUCUGAAGGAGCGCAGGAGAGAAGGUCAGGGAAAAGCAGCUGAUGUAACAGAGACAGUCGCUGCCCUGUUUAGAGACCUCAGGAGACAGCUGGAUGACCUGGAGAAGAGAGUCCUGAGUGAGAUCUCCAGACAGGAACAGCGCGUUUCACUCUCAGUCUCUGAUCUGAUCCGGCAGCUGGAAAUAAAGAAGGAAAAGCUGUCCAGGAAGAUGCGUCACAUUGAGGAGCUGUGUAACAUGUCUGAUCCAGUGACUGUCUUACAGGAAGCAGACACAGGGUACUUGUAUAAUACUGAGGACACAGACAGACAUAGCAACCAGGUCCAUGGUGGAGAAGAUCUGGAUGUGGGUAUCAUCUCAGAGACAACACGCAGAGGAUUAUCUAAUGUAAUAACAUGUAUAAAUAUGGGAAUCUAUAUGCAGGAUGCUACAGACAUAUUACUGGAUGUAACCACAGCUGGUAAUAAGAUACAGAUAUCAGGUGACAGGAAAACUGCAUCCAGGUCAGAUAUAAACCAGAAUCACCCAGUAACACCAGAGAGAUUUCAGUGUCCUCAGGUAAUAAGCACCAGGACAUUCUCCUCGGGGCGACAUUACUGGGAGGUGGAUGUUAGUAAAUCACAAAGCUGGAGGGUGGGGAUGUGUUAUCUCAGUAUAGGCAGGAAAGGAUGUAAGUCAUACAUUGGAGGAAAUAACAAGUCCUGGUGUCUGUGUAGGGAUAAUAAUCAGUACUCAGUGAUACAUGGCAAGAAAGAGAUCUGUUUAAUAGACUAUUGUCCGUGUGACAGAGUGAGGGUAUAUCUGGAUUAUGAGGCAGGACAGCUGUCAUUUUAUGCUCUAUCUGACCCAAUCAGACACUUACACACCUACACUGCCGCCCUCACUGAGCCCCUCCAUGCUGCAUUAUGGGUACAGAGAGGUUGUAUAAUGAUAUCUGGUUGAGAGAGCUGGGAGAAAUCACCAUACUAAAUCUGCCCAGAGACUGGUGACAUCACAGAGAGAGGUAUUUGAUUGGUGUAACAUUCAGCCACAGAUUGAGGCGGUGGGUGGGGGUACAGCAGAGCUCCUCCCCAUAUAUAACCACAACACCAGAGUGCCUGGAUGUGCUCCCUUAAUGGUGUGUUAGAAACUGUCAUUAAAAAUAUAUAAUUAUACCUCUCUGGGAUUUUUCCACCUCUGGCUCACUGACAGCUGUGAUUGGCUGCAAUAUCUGUCUGUCAGCCCCUGUUAAACCUAUUACUGCAGUCACUUGCUCCUAUUGGCUUUGAUGAUGUCUCUGUGUAGCUCCUCCUACUUGAAAUUAUAAUAAUAAAAGAUGGGUUGUGCCACAACUCCAAGCAUGCCUUAUUGCUUUGCUGUGUUAAUAAUAUAUAUCAUUUG